UUUUGCCUAAAAGCUUAUUAUUAUUAUUAUUAUUAUUAUUAUUAUUAUAUAGUAGAUUCGUCAGCAGACAACAAAACCCACCGAAAUUUAAAGACAAACUCACCCAAAAAAAAAAAACUCAAACUAGAACAACAUAAAAAAUCUCCUAAGCAACAGAGAUAAGAAAAACAAUCUCAGACGUACAAAGAAGAAGAAGAAGAAGAAGAAGAUGUCGUGGCAAACCUACGUCGAUGAUCAUCUCAUGUGCGAAAUCGAAGGCAAUCACCUCGCCGCCGCAGCCAUCAUCGGCCACGACGGCAGCGUUUGGGCCCAGAGCUCUACUUUCCCUCAGUUCAAGUCUGAAGAAAUAACUGGCAUUAUGAAUGACUUUGCUGAACCUGGGUCACUUGCUCCAACUGGAUUGUACCUCGGAGGCACAAAGUAUAUGGUGAUCCAAGGCGAGCCAGGAGCUGUCAUUCGAGGGAAGAAGGGUCCUGGAGGUGUUACCGUUAAGAAGACUAGUCAGGCCUUGAUCAUUGGUAUCUAUGAUGAACCAAUGACUCCUGGUCAGUGUAACAUGAUUGUCGAAAGGCUUGGUGAUUAUCUCAUCGAUCAGGGUCUCUAAUCAUCUUGUGAAGCAAUAUUACAAAGUAUUAAGAGCCAUGGGAAAUAUGCUUGGAACCAAAAGUUUGGUGCUUGGGAAGUGAUGACUAUGGUCUGUCUUUGUAAUCUUUUUUAUGAGAAGUAUUAUGAUGUUUUUCUAGUGAGUCAUUUGGCAACAUUACCUUGGAUGUGGUAUAUUGAUUGGCAUAAAUCUAUAAACUCUUUAAUUUUGCCUGGGUA